CCUACGUCACAGUGAAGUAUGUGCUCUCGAGUGUAGAAAAUGGCUGCGCUCUCCGCUACCCCGGGUCGGCGCGGAUGUAAAUACGGCCUGUGGAUCGGCUUGGGAGUGUUUAUCGCGAGAUUCGUCGGUGAUGCAACACCGAUCGUUCCGCGUUGCCAUUAAAACAAUUAUUUCGUGAAGGUGGAAAUGAAAAUGACCGCAGCUUUGGGAAUCACCUGUUACUGCGAAGGACACUGCCCGGACGAUCGACAGAAUGGAACUUGCGAGGGAAGACCUGGAGGGCAUUGCUUCAGCGCAGUUGAAGAAGUUUGGGACGCAGAAGCAGGAGAAUACGUGCCAGAGUGGUCCUUCGGUUGUUUGCCACCGGACGAACAAGGGUUCAUGCAAUGCAAAGGAUAUCUAGUGCCACAUCUGCAAGGGAAAAGCAUAAUAUGUUGUAACAAGAGCGCGCUCUGCAACAAAGACUUAUUUCCUGAAUACAAGCCUAGACCUACGGCAGCUCCUAAUCCUAUGGCCAUAGCGUCGGGUGCACCUCUAAUAAUAUUGGCUACCGUUUUAUCUGUAUGUUUAAUGGUAGUUUCGAUAGCUAUGGUGAUUAUAUACCAUAGAUACAGAAGGAAAGAGAGGGGACCUUGCCUGGUGCCUUCUCAGGGUACCCUUAAAGACUUUAUCGACCAGAGUAGUGGUUCUGGUUCAGGUUUACCCCUAUUAGUACAACGAACUAUUGCUAAACAAUUGGCCUUGAUUCAAUGUGUGGGAAAAGGACGUUAUGGCGAAGUAUGGCUUGCAAAAUGGAGAGGAGAAAAAGUAGCCGUAAAAGUAUUCUUCACACUGGAGGAAGCAUCUUGGUUCAGGGAAACUGAGAUUUAUCAGACAGUGUUGAUGAGGCACGACAAUAUUUUAGGAUUCAUCGCAGCUGAUAUCAAAGGGACUGGAUCUUGGACGCAGAUGUUAUUGAUCACAGAUUAUCAUGAAAGAGGAUCACUGCACGACUAUUUGCAAACUACAGUCCUGGAUCAUCCCAGUUUGUUAGCAAUUUGUCUUUCAAUCGCAUCUGGAAUUGCUCAUCUUCAUACAGAAAUUUUUGGCACGCGCGGAAAACCCGCGAUAGCGCACAGAGAUAUCAAAAGUAGGAAUAUUUUAGUGAAAAGAAAUGGUGAAUGUGCGAUCGCAGAUUUUGGUUUGGCAGUGAGGUACAUAAGUGAAAGCGGAGAAAUUGAUAUCGCUCCUAACACACGAGUAGGCACUCGUCGAUACAUGGCUCCGGAAGUUCUAGAUGAAACGUUAAAUACGUCCUCGUUCGAUGCCUUUAAAAUGGCAGAUAUGUAUUCUGUGGGUCUUGUAUUGUGGGAAGCGUGUAGAAGAUGUGUAACCGGUGGUAGAAAUUCUAUGGUGGAACCGUACGCCUUGCCUUAUCAUGACGUUGUCCCGAGUGAUCCAGACUUCGAGGAUAUGCGGUUAGCAGUGUGCGUAAAACGGUUACGUCCGGUGAUUCCAGCGCGAUGGGAAAAUGAUCCAAUCCUGUUUGCAUUAAGCAAACUUAUGGCCGAGUGUUGGCAUGCAAAUCCUGCCGUUCGUUUAACAGCGUUACGCGUGAAAAAAACAAUGUCGAAACUGCAUAUUGAUAAUGCCAUCAAAAUCGUGUAGUGUUCAACGAUUUUUCUCGAAACUGUUACUUUACUUUUGAUAGUUAAAAAGAAAUUGUCCCAUUGUAAAUACAACCCUGGUGUACAUAGGUUUAUUAACAGACUGCAAGCCUGAAGACUGAGUACUAAGAUUUACAUAUACUUGAAAACGUAUGAAUGCGGAAAUUCGUAUGAUCGAUGAGUGAAUUAAUAGUGAGUCGCGAACGUAAUUAUGAACGAGUCCAUGUGUAUGUAUAAUUUUUUGUUUUUAUGUGAAACUCGACAAAACGCGAUAUCGUCGUGUGUUUUGACGCGCUUCACAGUGUUAAAGUUUGUUGAAUAUAUAAUCAAAUGAUGGCUACUACUUAGAAAAGAUAAUAUUGUUUGAAGACAAGUGUCCUGACUUCUAGACGCGUGUGAGCUUGAAAAAGAGACAUUAAAGUAAAUUUAGCACACGGUGAAAGAUGUUUAUAGAUGGGUGAAUACCACUUUGAUAAUAGCAUUUACUAAAUCUAUACUAAUAUUACGAGAUUUUUAUAUUCAUUCGCAUUGAAGUCCUGUUACUACAAAGCCAUGCUAAUUUACGUUUAUAUGUCUCUAAAACGUUUAUCGUCAUUUCUGACGAGAUUAUAAUACACGUUGAUGUUUGAGUUACGAGACAUUUUGCAGGAUAUAUACAAUUUUACAUCUUCAGAAAUUCAAUACUAUAGAAACAAUUCUUACGAUAAGAAUGUUCUCGAACAGCUAGUAUUUCGACUAUUUGGUUACUAUUGUCCGGAACUCGCAAAAAAUUUGGCUAGAAAUUUUUCAGCAAUUCAUUUCAUUUUCAUCCUGUAUCCGUGAAAUUUUUGCGUUUGUUCGAAAUUAAUUAAAAAACUGAAAAUUAUUUCUUUUUUUUUUCGAUGUUAUUUUUAGUUGUCAUUGGCUCUCAAGUACUACUGUGUCUCAUAUAUGACCCUGUAUUAUCUGUACAGUAUGUAAUUUAUGUUUUUAAUUUGUACAAAUGGGAUACAUUAAUUAUUUAGGUUAAGAACGAUUUUAAGUACACUGUCGACUGUCCAGAUUAUAAACUAUUUUUUGUUUGCAAUAUCAUUAUACUUACUUGUCAUAAUAUUUCUUAUAUCCCGGCUAUCUUUAGUCUAGUCUAAAUUAUUUAUUUCAACUUAUUGUUUUAAAUAAGUAAUUAUUAGGCAUAUCUGUAUAUUUCAUAAGGAUCACGAAUGAUACGAAUAUACAUUUGACAUUAUUAAAAACACUGUUAUCGAAUAAUAAAUUUCGUAUCUGGGCUUUCGAUUAUUGACUCGAGAUCGUUAUGUUUCAUACGACUUCUGUAUAUUAUGUGACAGAAGUUACUGUUAAAUAGUAUCGUAGUUUUUCUUUAGGAAAAUGAAUUGUAAUUAUAUUAAAAAUUGUAGUUAAUAGCUAAAUGAUUGAAAAUAAUGAAAGUUAUAUUUUUAACAAGUAUUAAACAUUAUCAUCUUUUUCCAGA